AUGGAUGAAGAAAAAGUGAAAUUAACUUUCUCAACACUUGACUACAUUUUGUUUGGCACAAUGAUGUUCCUGUCGUUUCUUAUCGGACUUUAUUAUGGAUUUAUUCGAAAGGAAAAGCAAGACACAACAGCUGAAUAUUUGCUGGGAAGUAAAAAGAUGAAAGUAUGGCCGACUGCUAUUUCAAUCACAGCAACAGUACCGGCUGAAAUGUACAAACAUGGAACUCAGUAUUGGGCAUGUGCAAUAUCUGGAAUUAUUGUAACGUUGAGCGUAUGUUACAUCUACUUGCCAGUAUUUCAUGAUCUUGGAUCUGUUUCCUGCUACGCGUAUCUAGAGAAGCGAUACAAUCAGCAGAUUCGACAAAUUGCCAGCUUUUUAUUUUUUAUCUACGUCGUUUUGAUGACUCCUCUACUUGCUUACACACCCUCCUUAGCCUUCAGUCAGGUCUCGGGCAUUAGUCUUCAUUACAUAACUCCGAUUCUCGUUUUUGUUUGUGUAUUCUACACAACAUUCGGAGGACUGAGAGCGGUUGUUUGGACGGAUACGUUACAGUUCUCUGCGAUGAUUUUAGCUGUUAUAAUCGUCAUGAUUCUUGGAACUAAUGAAGUUGGAGGGAUGACGAAUGUUUUUAACAUAGCAUCGGAAGGAAAUCGCAUUGUAUGGUUCAACUUGGAUCCAAAUCCUUUCAUAAGAAGCUCAUUUUGGAUGGUUUCAAUAGGAUUAACUUCAAUGUGGAUAUCGAAUGUUGGCAUUACACCUGAAUGUGUUCAACGUUUUGUUGCUAUUCCAAAAUUGAACAACGCUAUCAAAGCAUGUUGGAUUUUUGGAAUCGGACAUAUUGUCAUCAAACUGUGUGCUGUUUACAAUGGAAUGUUGAUAUUUGCUAAAUAUAAUCAAGCAAAAUGUGAUCCGGUUUUCAAUGGAGAUGUUGGAAAAUAUGAUCAAAUUUUUCCAUACUACGUUAUGGAUGUAGCAAGAAACAUUCCUGGUCUUCCCGGCUUAUUUAUUGUCGGAGCUUUAUCAGCAGCACUUUCAUCAAUGUCAUCUUGUCUCAACUCUUUAUCAGGAACUAUUUAUGAAGACUUUCUUAAACCUUUUAUGCCUAAUGCCACUGAGAAACAAGCAAGCACAAUUAUGAAGCUUGUGACAUUUACCAUAGGUUGUGUUUGCUUCAUAUUGGUUUUUGUUAUCGAAAAGUUAGGUGGUGUUUUUAGCAUUGGCAUUGCCUUAAGUGGAUUGUCUUCCGGGACUCUUCUAGGGCUUUUUACAAUGGGAAUGAUAUCAGAGAAGUUCAAUACAAAAGGCGCGCUUUGGGGCUCUAUUGUAUCGAUAACAAUUGUUACCAUAAUUACCGUUGGGGCUCAGAUUAACAUAUAUUCAGGAAAUUUACGAUACGAAACUCUUCCGUUUAACAUUGAACAGUGUGAUGCUUCAUUACACUUUCAUGAAAUGAGUCAUUUAAACAGCAGUGUUUAUGUAGAAAACUUCAAUGCAGAUAAUUCUUCAAUUCCCUGGAUUUUUCGUAUUAAUUACAUGUAUUACAGUCUUAUUGGAACGAUUCUUGUCAUAAUCGUUGGAUAUCCAAUUUCACUUAUGACUGGUGGUACAAAGAAUCUUGAUCAGAAGCUUUUAUCACCGUUGUUUCGCCGAAGCCACGUGAAUGAAUUAGAAAUAGAAUUUCCCUUAAAUUUAGAAGAACAAAAAAAUUUAACAGAGAAAUGUCAAGAAUAA